UUCACGACUGCAACAGUCACAUUUGGCCUACCAUCCACAGCCACCAAACCCCGCCGUCCUCAGCCGGCCGGCAAUUGGACUGGAACCGAUGUGGGCUUUUUAAUUUUAGCCCAAAGAUGGUACCUUGGGCCAUGUUCACCCCAUCCCUCAAAAUCCAAUCCUUUGAGUGAAGGAGCGAACGACGUCGUUGUCUAACACAUUUUCAUCGUCUACGUCCGCCCGGUAGGCCCUACACUACACGCAGAAAGAGCUUCGAGUUGAGAAGCGAGUUAAGGGCAAAGGAAGGAAGGAAGGAAGAAAUCGAGAAAUCAAGGAAGAAGGAACAAGUGUUAGAAAAGAAAACAAAUUGUUGAGAGAAUGUUCUACAGAGGUAGAUAUCCUGAUGGUGGUAAUGGUCGUGAAAUGGGUGCCAAACGUCAGCGGUUAGUUGAUCAGGGUCCUUCAUUCUAUGGAACUUCCCCUGGUUCGAGUUUUAUGUAUAAUCCACCAUCUUAUGGAUAUGUUGCCCAACCUCCUCCCUUCCCUGUUGUCCGACUUCGUGGUCUUCCCUUUGAUUGCACAGAAAAUGAUGUGGCUGAGUUCUUCCAUGGUCUGGACAUAGUUGAUGUUCUUUUCGUCCACAAGGGUGGCAAGUUCACUGGUGAAGCUUUUUGUGUUUUUGGGUAUCCUCUUCAAGUUGACUUUGCUCUUCAAAAGAAUAGGCAGAACAUGGGCAGGCGAUAUGUUGAGGUUUUCAGGAGUAAGAGGCAUGAUUAUUACAAGGCAAUUGCAAAUGAAAUUUCAGAUGCUCAUGGUGGUUCACCGCACCGGAAUGCUCCUAGGGCGAAAUCUUAUGAUGAGGGAAAGGACUUGGCUGAACAUUCAGGGGUGUUACGUUUGAGAGGACUGCCAUUUUCUGCUGGCAAGGAUGACAUAAUGGAGUUCUUUAAAGAUUUUGUGCUGUCAGAGGAUUCAAUUCAUAUUACAAUGAACUCAGACGGAAGGCCAACUGGGGAAGCAUUUGUGGAAUUUGGAAGUUCGGAAGAUUCAAAGGCAGCAAUGGCCAAGGAUAGGAUGACCCUUGGGAGUCGUUAUAUAGAAUUGUUUCCUUCAUCAGUUGAGGAGAUGGAAGAAGCCGUUACAAGAGGGCGAUGAUGUUUGCUUCUGUCAUUUGUACUACUGGUGAUGUUUAACCUUGCCUCAAUGUCUAAAGUUUUGCUUCAUUACAUUUUCUUAGUUAGUAUGGUUUUCUGUUGUUUUUCAUCCCAAUGUUCUAUGAGUUAGUCAUAUCUUUGACAAAAUGGUGCCAUCACUUGUCAAAAUUUAUCUUUGUUUCUUUAUGACAUUGCCUUGAAUGUUAUGAGCGACUUGGCAAA